AUGUUGCUCUUACCUCUCAUAUUUCUUGUCCUUUCCCAGCAAGCUUUCUGUGAUGACUGGAUGAUAUCUGUUUUUGGAACAAUACACCAAGCUGGUAGUCCAAAUAUUACAACAAUCACUGAUUGGAAUGAAUGUGUCAAAGGAUGUGCAAAUGAGCCAGGAUGUGUGCUUGCACAUGAGAAUAAGGAGAAGGAAUGUCAUUGGUAUCAAUACGAUAUAAUCGGCUAUGUCAAGAAAUUGACUAAAGAAGACGGGGAGAGAGUUUCUUUCAAAAUCACCAAAGACCCCGCUUCGAAAACUUGUCCAUCUGGAACCAACCCGCCAACUUUCAACGGGGAAAAUGCACCCGGGUUUUUACUGCUUUACGGGGAAUACAAUAACCCUACUGACAUAACUUACACAGUCCGCUACGAAAACGGACUGUGGGGUGUAUUUGUUGAAUCCAAAAUCGCAUGCCCCGAUGAUUACUGGACUUAUUCGCCAAGAGAAUCCGGUGAUUAUUGUUUUAGAGCCGGAAUCGCAGGCUAUAAUGAACAAAUAUCAUAUGAGACAGCAGUUGAGAGAUGUAAAAGCGAAUAUAAUGCAACUUUCUCGGGACCGGUAAAUGAAGAGGAAGGAGAUUUGUUAUUUUACCUUGCUGAACGCCUGCAGGAGGACAGAGCAACUUACAGUACAGAUUAUAUUAUGAGAGUUGACGGGAAACGAACAGAAGCUUGUCAGUCGACUCCAGACACUCCGAAUUGCAUGUCUCAGAGUGGCUUUACGUUCAUUAAUCCCAUGUCUACAGUUGCAUACCCAAAAUGGGCUUCAAGUAUUGGCGCCCGUGAUGGAAGCGAUGAUGAUUGCAUUGUCAUCAAAACGGUUUCAGGAAAAAAAAGCGUGGCUACCGUUCAAAGCUGCACCACUAUGACGUCACUCCCUGCGCAGGCGUAUAUGUGUGGGCGGGAAGCGUGGGUUUGGAACUUGUAA